CACCAACCACAACGAGAGAUUGUGAUGACGUUGCGUUAGUAGGUCAGUGAAUGUUUCUAUUAGGAAUAGUGAAGAUGGCGGACUUGUUGGGGACUGGGCCGUCAGAUCAAGAAGAAACUGAAAAUGAGGACAAAAAGAAAGGGAAACGAUCAUGGGAUGACACAUCAAGAUCGGGAAAAAUCAGUAGAACCACAGACCUGCCAGAAACAUUGGGCUUUUACGAUAUAAAUGCAAUCAGACGGGAGCAACGUGAACGUGAGAACUCAGAUCCGUCUCUGGCACGGUUCAUGUGCGCCGAGUUGACCCGGGGCUACUUCCUGGAGCACAACGAAGCAAAGUACACCGAGCGCAGGGAGCGAGUGUACACAUGCAUGCGCAUUCCCAGAGAACUAGAAAAGUUGAUGGUCUUCGGGCUCUUCCUGUGUCUGGAUGCCUUCCUCUACGUCUUCACGCUGCUGCCCUUGCGGGUCCUGUUAGCCCUGCUGCGCUUGCUAACACUGCCUUGCUGCGGCCUCAGGGCAAACGUAUGCCCCUACUGCAAUCGGAGCAGUGGCUCGCGUCUCCUGCAGCCGGCCCAGGUGUGUGACAUCUUGAAGGGGCUGAUCAUGGUGCUCUGUUACUCCAUGAUGCACUACGUCGACUACAGCAUGAUGUAUCACCUGAUCCGGGCACAGUCGGUUAUCAAGCUCUAUAUCAUCUACAACAUGCUGGAGGUUGCUGACAGGCUGUUCUCCUCAUUUGGCCAGGACAUCCUGGACGCUCUUUACUGGACGGCCACUGAGCCCAAAGAGAGGAAGCGGGACAGCUUAGGGGUCAUCCCCCAUUUCAUCAUGGCAGUCUUGUAUGUCUUCCUGCAUGCCAUUCUCAUCAUGGUCCAGGCGUCCACACUCAACGUGGCCUUCAACUCCCACAACAAGUCCCUGCUCACAAUCAUGAUGUCCAACAACUUUGUGGAGAUCAAAGGCAGUGUGUUCAAGAAGUUUGAAAAGAACAACCUCUUUCAGAUGUCCAACAGUGAUAUCAAGGAACGCUUCACCAACUACGUACUCCUGCUCAUCGUCUGCCUCAGGAACAUGGAGCAGUUCUCAUGGAACCCAGAUCACCUCUGGGUGUUGCUGCCCGACGUCUUGAUGGUGAUCACCUCUGAGGUCGCAGUGGAUGUCAUCAAACACGCCUUCAUCACCAAGUUCAACGAGAUCACGGCCAAUGUGUACAGUGAAUACAGAGCAAGCCUGGCCUUCGAUCUUGUCAGCAGUCGGCAGAAAAACGCAUGCACUGACUACAGCGAUUCCGUCGCCAGAAGAAUGGGCUUCAUUCCUCUUCCUCUUGCAGUCCUGCUAAUCCGAGUGGUGAUGAGCUCAGUGAAGGUUGAGGGGGCCCUCUCCUAUUCCUGCGUCUUUCUUUUCUACUUGGGACUGGUGACCCUUAAGGUGCUGAACAGUAUCGUGCUGCUGGGGACAUCCUGUGUGUACGUGAAGCAAGCCAACAUGGAGGACAAGCUGUUUGAGAAGCCCCCCACACCCGGCCCUGGGAAGACUCCCAGUAAAACCAAGAAGACAUCCAGAUGUGCUGCCCCUUCAGGUGAUCUGUGGUCCCAGCAUUCCUCUCCUACUCCUUCCGGCACCUCCUCCAUCACCAGCCAGCCUACCCCCGCCCCUGCCCCCCAGGCUGAGACUGCAGCACCUCCACCCGACCCUUCCUCCCCAGUCCCUGGUUCUACCAGCCCGGAGCCAGACCAGGACAACCACGCCCCGUUGCCCCCUGACACCCCGGAGCAGAAAGAGGGUGACGGGAUCGAAGGCACCGAGCUGAAACACAGGAACACUAAAAAAGACUUGCUGGACGUCGAUCGAUUCACGAUAUGCGGAAACCGGAUCGAUUGACCCGCUGACCACGCCCAACAGCGAUAGUCACUCAGGAUAGGCGGUUAGCCAGACGCGUCUCAGCACUCCGGCUCUCUAAGCCAAAGCCAGCGGAAGCAGAGUAUAUUUAUUAUGUUAGACAUACAGUAAGUUAUUGACCUACAGUAAGUUAAUGCAAACUCUGCGACAGGCUUUUUAAUGGAAUUCGACCUGCUGUGUUUCUGGCCCUGGGGUUUGAGACUCGACAGCGAGAACUUCAGAGUACCGCAGAAAUAGUUGUUUCCAUGGCAACCCAGCCGUGUGCCUGUCUGUACAAGAAGUGAGCGAGCGUGUGUGUGUGCGUGUGCGUGUGUGUGUGGGCGCUCGCACACAAAUGUGGAACAUGACAAAUGGCAGCCUUUUUUCAGAUACUCAUCCAGCAAAAGAAGAACAAAGUGAUCUGUCAAUGUUAUGCUAUUUAUUAAAUAAAAAUUACUGAAAACGAUAAACUUUACUAAUUAAACAGUUUUACUAGAUUUUCUUAGAAUUUACUAGUAUAAAAUAUCACGUUUGAUACAAGCUCCAUUGACUUUAAAGACCAUCUUCACGUUGACACUUUUUUAACAACUUUCUUUAACCUCCGGAGUUGCGCUAACUCUUAAACUGCAUUGCAAAGGUGCGCCAUUACACCCUGGUUAAGCUCCAUCUCAUGUCUCAGUUGGCUGUGACCAGGAGUACCACUGGGUGUCAAACAGUUGCUAUUCCACAGUCUGGGUUAGGGGAGGAAGGAGCUGGCAGGGUAAUCCUUGUCUAACCUCACUGUAGUGACUCCUUGUGGUGGCCCAGUUGACUGCCAUCUGACUGAGGUCAUGUCACUGUUGAGCAGGGAGCCAGGUAUCUCACAGAAAUAUACAUCUGAAACAUCAGGUUGUCAUUCCACUCCCCUGUGGGAGAAGUCCAGUGGCCUGUUAUUAGAAGCCUAUCCAGCAAGAGGGAACUGCAUUGACAUUUUAUCAUUAAUUGAACAUCUGAUCUCAGUACAGUUAUCUCUUCCAAAACGUAGGUUAUGUCACGAGCAGAGUGGAAUUAAGCUAAUUUACACUUAAUUAUUUGCCAAAGUUUUUAAACAAAUGUAGAACACAUAGGAGAACAGUGGUAAUGAAGCUAUAACACGCCAAUAUUGUCCAGUGGGAUUUCGCUAGAUUGAGCUGGGCUCUGCCUAGCUUAUUUUCUUAGGUUCUGCCAACUCGGCUUAAUUUGCAAUUACAUUUAAGCUGUUUAGCAGACGCUGUUAGAGUGACUUGCAAUAGUGGAGUGCAAACAUUUCCAUGAUACCCACGGGUAUCAAACCCACAACGCUGGUGUUAAGGGCCAUGCUCGUUUCAAGUCAGCUACACUACACUUUCACUAAUCUACCAUUGGAAACGACAACGUGUGUGCAGUCUGGAUUUAGUCCAACAGAGAUUGUUUGCAAUAUAUAGUAACUGUUACCGUAUUUAAUUUGCAAUCCCUUUUGACUUCGUAGAAGUUCGUGAUAGCAUUUUAUGAAGGCAAGAAUCCAUAGUUUGCGCUAUUCCUUGGUGGCAAAUGUUCGGUGGAUUUUUGUCAUGAAUGUUUACACGAAUCUACCCAUUUUGUCUUAAAUACAACGAACAGGAUUUGUAAAAAAAAAAAAAAAUCUUGGACAUUCGUGCACUUGUUUACGUUUACUUCGCCAGCAUUUCGGAAGCAGUAUAAUCCAAACAGUGCGUAUAUGUUUGCCCAUGCUUUUAAAUUCGGGUUGUACCAUGCCUUAAAUGAAGUUCUUUGCUUUGUUUUACCUUUGAUGUUACAGUUCUUUACGAGUAAACAGGCGUGUAUUACUUUGGCUAUGGACCACCAGAGACCAAAAUCUAUAUUAAAGGCUUGAUUUUCAUUUGUUUUUAACACAUUACUGUGUAGUAAGUGGGAAAUUAAAAAUGUGUAAAUAAUAGGACGUUUUUGCGAUACUUCAACAUCUUGCCAUAAUGUUGCAGCUGUUGUUCUUCAAUCUAGUCUGUGUUUGGAAAUAUGAACCACGGAACCAUAGAGUAGAAUUAUCCUACAGGAAAUGGAACGUCAACCGUCUUGCUAUGUUGUCUUUAGGCAGGAGCUUUACAUUACACGUCGUUAUUCCACAAUUAUUAAGUAUAUGAUUAGCGUGAGCACAAGCAGCUAUACUAUUCUGUUUUCCAUGGAAAGACUGGGUUCUUACUGCACUAAGGAAACGGGCUGGCAUCAACUUUUCAAAUUCGUACACAACCCUAAUGGCCCCAAUUUAAAACCAAAUAGACUCUAACCCUGUUACAGACUUACUGUUUGAUGAUAAUGGCAUAGCUGUGUUUCCACGGGUACAGGUCUUUGGUGUAUUGUAAAACCAGUGGUCUUCAACUAGUGGGGCACGACCCAAUGUAUCUUUCGGGAGGUUUUGAAUGGGUAUUGGAGUUGAAUAAAUUAUAAUUAAUGAA